CUUAGUGUCCUUACAAAGCACCUGGUCACACAUACACAGAAGGAAGUAAUCGAUUUGUGUCCUCCCCAGUCUGCUAACAAAGAUAACCAAGUGAUCCUCCUAAUCACUUGCUCCAGCAAAAUGCAAAAGUGAAACCCCUUCUGCGUUCUUAUCACCAAAUCCAAUCCUACAAUAUGGAUUAUGGAAUCUCUACCAAGGAUAUCUGUAAACAAAGCUUGGGCUCUCUUUUCGUUUGGUGAUAACCGUACCAUAGAGCUAGCAGCUGGUUCAAACAGAAGGGGUGAAUUUGUUAAAAUUCAAGAGAAAAGAAAGGAAGGGAACAGAUACAUCUUAAUCCCCUCAGGACCUAAGAAUACUGAUUUGAUUCUGUUCUUUAAGGCUGUGUCUUCUUUCACUGAUAAGGUCGCCAAGGAUGCUAUAACUAAAACUCUUGAGAUUGCUCCUGCAACUACUACAAUUGCUCAAACUUCAGUGCAAACUCAGACGACAACUGAGCACCACUCACUGAGUCCUCCCCAAUUGGAUACAUUGGGAGUUGUAACACAUGGGUUACAAUUAGAAAAAUAUCACUUUGAUAGUGCAGAACAUAACGGGUUGAUUGAGGCUGAUUUGCGAAUCGAAGGUAUUGACAAAGACACCACCUCUCUUGAAUGUGAGAGCCAUUUGGAUGCCACCCAGGGGGAAACUGUCCCAGCUCUCUUCCCUCCCCUGCCUAGUAGUACAAUGUCCCCUUUUGCUCCACCGUUCAUACCUGUGUUGAAAAAUACCUUUGCAGCACUUUUCUCUAAAGGACAUGGAGUUGAGAACAAAGAUAAAGAACUUCUGGACCCUUUCUCAAAGAUAAAUGACAUGAGCCUAGUUCAUAGUUUAAAUGCAGUGGAAGACCUUAUAGAGGAAAGGGAUGGACCUAUACUCUAUACUCACUCAGACGGAGAGGAUAAAGUAUUCAUAGACUCCAAGCUUAGGCCUUUGCAAGUUGACUUCUCAAGAUGCUUCAAACAACCCUUAAGCCUACGCAAGGAACUUAGGGGCACCAGAACAUUUUCACCUUCACAAAUAGUUACUAGAAGCAAAGCAAAAAUUCUGGAAGAAGGUAAGAAAAUAACUCCAUUGCUAUGGGAGGAGUCAGAGUCCCAAGAUUCGUUCGAAGAGGAAGUCAUCAAAUGCUUCAAACUUUGCUGCCCAAACAAAAAAGAGGUGUGUUCCAAGAUAGCCAACAAACCUUUGACAAAAAGUCAAAAGAAGAAAGCAAAGAGUAUGGCUACAGAUAUUGAGGAUGACGAGGAUGAUUUUCUCCAUUGAUUAUAUGUUGAUUUGGAGCAGCAGUUUUGGUGACUCAGUUUUGGCUAUUUUGGGCUAAUAACAGUUUCAUACAUCC